GGAGAUGCGACCAUCUCUUAUGCCAUACCCCAUUUGAAAUUAGGUGUGUCAAGGCAAGGUUGAGGCACCCCCUCCCCUAACCUUGUGAUAUGUACGGCCUGUGGACAGUUCACUCUCCACACAAUUCAAGCUGGCUUCGCCUCUUGGUCUCCAGCAAAGCUUGACCAAACACAGCACCAUCUACCUGGUUAGCUGAGGUCAAUAUUGUUGAUACUUCCCAAUAAUUUAAUUUUCAAAUUUUGCAAAUGAAAAUUACUUCUACUUCGUGUAUCAAAUACGUUCACACCAAAAUCUUUCCUUUUUCUCCAAAAAACGGGAAAACCCAACAGCCUGCCCCUGAUUUUAUUGUAACUGUAGUAUGCAUAUUCAUUUUUCAUAUUCGAUUAAAUAAGGACCACCUACGGCUUCCCGAUUGUGUAAAUAUUUAAUUGUUUGGAACUAAUGGAAGGUCACAACAAAUGAACAAUUUCUGCUCAUUUUCUGUACGAGAGUAUGUCAUUUUUUGAACUUGUGGUCUUGAAUCGUGCAUGAGUUCAUCUAAAACUUUGGUGUCAGGUUUCUGAGAACGUAAUAAUAUAUUUACGAAAAUGAACAAGGGACAUAUCGAAGAUUUCAAGUCUAUCGCUUCCAUCGAUAGCGACAUGUCUGAGGCGACCCGUCGCCACGGAGGAAGAGGCCAACAAACAGUUACUCCCAUCGGAGAGUUCAACCCAGCUUUUGGCGAGAGUGAUGAAGCCUUUGAAAUGAGUCCAGCUAGCAGCAAUAACCGUGAGAGCGAAGGUAUUGAUGGUGAUAUCAUGAUGACAGAUAUGAUUAAUGGGAACGCUAACCAACAUAUAGAAGAUAGUGGUGAUAACGUGUCGGUCGCUUCAACAGAUACUUAUAAAAGUGGGACGAGUAUGUCAAGUGAGCUGGAAAAGAGUUUGAGAGAUCAGUUACCAAGUCAUUUGUAUAAAGAGAUGCGGAGUAUGCCGUCAGCCAGAGGCCGGAUGAUACGUGGGGAGGGACCCACCCCCAUAGGAACACCGCAUUUGGGAGGAAGGUCGGUGAGAAACCGGCGUAGCGUGCGUGGCCUGGAUGAGCGAGGUUUUGACCUCGAUGUCGAAGGCGCUCAACAACAUGAUGAGAUACGGAAUAGGCGCAUCUCGAAUAAGAAAGAGAAAUUUGGAUAUGUUCGUGCAUGGUUCGUGCAAGUUGUGAAUGUGCAUGGUUUCGUGCAUGGGUGUUUGCAACAACUCUUGGGAGUUCCUAUAUUCAAGUCUUUUACUGCGUCUACCACCAGACGAUAA